CACAUUAUAACGCCAAAACUUUUCCGGACUGCAACGAACAAUCCGCCGAUGAGUGUGGAAGGGCAAGUGGGCAAGUUGAUUGAUAUUGCACGGGAUGAAAUGAAUCUUGCCCGAAUGUACAUUGGUUGGUGCCCAUUUCUGUAA